CGCCGUUUAAAGCCGUCCCGCCAAAAUACAUCACAGCUGAGCGUGUAUGUUGUACUUGUUGCGUGGAAUAGAACAGAAAGCAACGUUCAACGUCUUGCGUGGCAAAUUAUUCAGCCAAUGUGUGUGGAUUGGUAAACACAAGGAAAUAUUUCUCGUUUCCGAACAUCUCGAGAAACAUUCAAAGCACGUGAGAAAAAGUGACGUGUUAUAUUAAUUCGGAGAAAUCAGUGUUGACAUUAAAUUCGUGCCCGUAUUAUUACAACGAGGAGAAAAUUGUGAGAACUUUUUUAUAUCAAAUGUUUCGUUUGUUUUGAGGGAAAUCUGUGAGUUUGACAUGCGAUUCCCGUUUUAUUAAUUUGUGCUCAGCGAUAUCUUCGUGUUUAAUAUCAGUUUUAUUUGGAAAUCUUGAACGAACUCUCGAACACGAUGUCAAGCGUGCAAAGUAAAAUUUCCUUUCCCAUACGGAAGAAAUGCAACUUUUACGGUCGCAAGGAGGAUGUCGUGAAGGAAGAUUUCUCGAAUGCGACGGCGAGAGAAACGCAGUCGAGGUAUGUCCCAACCGUAAAGAAAAUCGUCACUUUAAGCAGCAGCGAAUCCGACUCCGACUCCGACAUUGAGAAUGCGAAGGAAAAAUCUAAAAAAAUAAUUCCUGAAAAAAAGACGAACAGUGCAAUUAGUACGCCAAGACGUCACAAGCGUGGAUCAGAUGGAGAACAAAAUCACACUCCUACUCCACCUAAACAAAGAAGGACUACUCUACAGUCACAAUCCUCCCUAACACCGUCCACUCUUUUGAGUAGAUUAGAUUUGUCUACUGAUAAGGAAGGGAAAUUACUUCCUAAGCAGUUAUUCAAAUUCCAUUCUUCCGAGUCAGAAGACCACUUAGCUUCCAAGCUGUUAUGUGGCUCCAAUAAAUAUCAGGAUGCGCGCAAAGCAUUGCACAGUUCUGUAACGGAAGAUUUGCCUGGCAGGGAGGAAGAGUUAGCCAAGCUGCACGAGUUUCUUCAUAGUCAUCUGGAGAAGGAGACAUCGGCGUCUCUGUAUGUCUCAGGUCCACCGGGCACUGGGAAAACCGCCAGUCUAUUCAAGAUCAUGCAACAGCCGCAGCUGAGGUCCAAGCUCAGAGUUGUUUACAUCAACUGCACCACCAUGAAGUCGGCUGCCGCUAUCUACACGAAGCUAAUCCAAGAGUUGUCCAUAACCAGCUCGACGAAGUCGGGGAGGAACAACAAGGCCAUUAUAGAGAAUUACCUAACGUCGAGACACAAAAUGCUGAUGCUGGUGUUGGACGAAAUAGACCAGUUGGAGAGCAGGAAGCAAUCCGUGCUGUACUCGAUAUUCGAGUGGCCGUCCAUAGCGAGCGCCAAGCUGAUCCUUGUCGGGAUCGCCAACUCGUUGGAUCUGACGGACAGGAUACUGCCCAGGUUGCAGGCGAGGUGCGAAUUCAAACCGACGCUGAUGCACUUCGCGUCCUAUACCAAGCAACAGAUAUCCAAUAUAAUAUUGGCGAGGCUGAAUCAGGCAAACGCGACCAAUGUGUUCACUCCAUCUGCCAUACAAUUGCUGGCGGGCAAGGUAGCUGCGAUCUCCGGAGACAUCAGGAGAGCUCUGGAUAUCAGCAGGAGAGUGGUGGAACUGGCUGAGUCGCAUCAAACGGCUCAAGUGCUUCGGCCAACAAACGAUAAUGAUACAAACACUGAAUCCCUGCAGAAGGAGCCAGAGAUAGCGGAGAAGCCAGUCGAUUUGAAGGAAGUAGUUACAGUUCUAUCUGGAGUCUAUGGAGGUACACAGAAUCUUGAUAAGGAACAGGAUACAUUUCCCCUUCAGCAAAAGUUACUACUUUGCUCUCUGUUACUUAUUCUGAACAAAGGGAGGAACAAGGACGUCAUUGUUGGAAGAUUAUAUGAAGUGUACAAAAAGGUUUGCAAGAAACGCAACAUACACGCUGUCGACAUCUCCGAAUUCGUGAGCCUGUGCUCGCUGAUAGAAACCAGGGGCAUUCUGAGAGUCGUAGGCAAGAAAGAGGCUCGUUUAUCCAAAGUGAACCUACAGUGGGAUCUAGAGGAAUUGGACGCGGUCUUGCAGGACAAAGAAAUGAUGGCUGAGAUUAUCAGCGAUACAAGUUGUUUGUAGAAUAACUAGAGGAAUUUAAUUUUAUUGAUCAUUUUGUUGUAUCUAAUUUAUUUUAUAGCUCUUAUUACACUUUGUAUUUAAUAUAGAGCAAGCAUCUUGAUUGUUACCAAUCGAUUAUUACAACGGUACUACUCUAACAUGGUUUUUCUAUAGUAUUUUUUUAAUAAUCGGGGAUUUUAAUGCUAAUACGAGUGUUACUUCGGAUCCUACUUACAUUGUAUUACACAAGACUGAUAUGACUGAUUUAUAUAUUAUAUAUGCCAUGUGGGCGCAAUUGAAUUGUACCGAAAUUGUAGUUUAUACAAAAUAUAUUUGACGUUCGUGUGAAACAUGAGAUGUAUCUUGUAAUAAUCAAAAAUAAAAUAUUUUAAUUAUAAAAA